AUGACACAGCACACAUCUCAACAUAUAUCUCUCACCACAACCAUUGUGCUUAUCCUAGUCCUCUUACUCGCAUUCUUCCCGAACUUGUUCCACAGUAUCUGGACCCUUCCUUUUACCUUGAUCCCGUUCUUCCACUCCUCAUCCAAGGGAUAUACCGGAACCGGAACAAUGACGUGGUUCCAGAAGCAGUUCACUCUCCCCGCCAAGUCUCGCGGCUCAUACCUCAUCACCGACCAGGUCGUGUCUAAUCUUCCCGAGAUUCGGAACUACAAGGUUGGCUUGCUGAAUUUGUUUGUCCAGCAUACCAGCUGCGCGCUGAGCUUGAACGAGAACUGGGAUGAGGACGUGAGGGCAGAUAUGAGCGACGCGCUUGAUCGCAUUGCGCCGGCCGAGGGGCCAAAGGGCGAGGCCUUGUAUCGCCAUGAUGCCGAAGGUCCUGAUGACAUGCCUGCUCACAUCAAGUCGGCACUGAUCGGAGCUAGCGUGACCAUCCCGAUCAAAGAUGGAAAGCUUGCUACAGGCACCUGGCAAGGUAUCUGGUAUCUCGAGUUUCGGGCCAGCAAGCAUCAGCGUCGGAUUAUGGCUACCAUUCAGGGAGAAAGGGCAUAG